CUUACAGUUUCCGACGACCAGUCCUCCUUGUCCUUUAAACAUUCCAACGUCCGCUCUGGUUUGUUCUCUGUCUCCCUACCUUGAAAUGGCCCCGACGAUCCACAUGCUUUCGAUAUUCGCCAUGGCGUUGCUGGCCCUGUCCCCGACCAGCGCCCUGCCCAGCACCAACGGCCCACCCUCUCGCGCCGACCACCACCCAACACACUCCAGCAAGACCGCCACCACCCCCAUAUCCAAGCGCACGGCAGCCGAGGUGGUCGCGGAGCUUAACUUGAUCCCCAAUCCCGAAAAGGGCUACUUCAUCGAAACGUUCCGUGACGCGGCCAACAUUACCACGAACGGCCAGCCGCGGUCGGCAAGCACCGCCAUAUACUACUUGCUCGAGGGCGCGGUGGGCGACUCGUUCUGGCACCGCGUCGACGCGGCCGAGGUGUGGCACUACUACGCGGGGGCGCCGCUGGUGCUGUCGCUGUCACGCGACGACGGAGUCCCGCCCGCCAGGCACGUGCUGGGCCCAGACGUGUUCGCCGGCGAUAGGCCGCAGGUCGUCAUCCCCGGGCUGGUGUGGCAGAGCGCCAGGAGCCUGGGGGAGUGGACGCUUGUUGGGACGACGGUUGCCCCCGGUUUUGUCGAAAGCGGGUUUGAGCUGGCCGACCCCAGCUGGACCCCGAAUGGAGCGUAAGCAAGGCAUGGAGGGUGAACACUAGAGUUGUAGUGAUGGGCAUAAGCUGUGGUUGUAUUAGGACGUCCUGAGUUUACAUGUUUCACAGACCUAAACCAAAAGAUUAGACUAAUAAUAUACACUCCUUCAUAUGUCACAA